GCACAGAAUAAAAGCAACCACAAAGGCAGUCAGAGCCAAAGGCAGUCGGGCGACGAAACUCAAAGACCGCCACGAAGUAGAACGUGAAAUUUAAUUAAAGGAUCAUACAAGCAACGACCUUGAACCAUCAGCAUGAGUGGAGCAAAUAAAGUCAAUACUUUGGUGGGUGCCACCACCCGCUACAUUGCUGGACGCAAUGCCACACAGACAUCCUAUUGGCGUACAGCUACCGGCGGAUCGGGACGCCUGGUGAAAUACAACAAGACCUGUGAGUUUGAUCGCGCCCAGAAAAUGCCCUCCAGCCUGCGCAACAAGCAGUACUGCGAUCAAAAAUUCCAAUGGACCAAACCCGAAGUUUAGCACCAGCCAAGAGGAUAGCAAUAAAUUGUGUUUUUUCUUUAAUUUAACAUUUUGUGUGAUAUUGAGAAUCUUAGUUCUCAAAUUUUAAAUUUAUUUACUGGAAUGAGGCAGCAGAGCAUAAAUCCAAAGUCAAGGUGUUUGGUGAAAUUUCGACCAGUCAUAGAAUCACGUCGAUGCCACAUGGAUUUUGUGAACAGUUCCUGCUAUCGCCAUUAGUUUAAACAUUUCAUUGUUCCAUUCACAAACAAACAUACAGACACACAUCCAUCGUUAUUUAUAAAUGCAGAUAUUGUUAAGUAAAUAGUUGGUGCUUCUUCUUACUCUUCACUAGAAGAUGGAAUCUAUAUUUUUUUUAUUAAUAUUAAUAGCUAUUCUGAGCUGAUAAGAAAGAGUGCAUUCGAGUGGUGAUUUGAAGUGAUUUGCAAAACAAGUCAACCCUGAGUGAAAAUCUAAUUCAAAGAAUGUAAUAAUCAAUAAUGGAAAAAUAUAUAUAAGAAAAGAAGAAAAAUAUUAAA